ACCCUAAUCAACAUUUACACACCCAGAUACCGCCGCCGCACCAGGCACCGCCAGGGCUACAAAUCGAAUUUCAUUUAUCUUCCGUCUCCCACCGGCUUCGUCGUCGACGUCCCUCUUUUCCUUCUUUUGCUUCAUCGGAGGCUUUUGUCCUUUCUCAUAAAUUUCAUCACUGGAAAUCAAUCUGUUCAUAGGAAUGUCGUUGAGAGGGGUUUGGCAGCUGCAGAAACUAAUUGUGCGCUUCUGCGAUUGGGGUGGAAGCAGUCGAGGCAUCAGGGCUUUUAUGGAGUCUCAGUUGCCCGCAUUUAAGGAAAACAAUCCCCAGCUGGAGGUGGUCACAGAGCUGAAACGCGGUCAUCAUCCUUAUUUAAAAGGAUUAUACAGGAACAAAAACGAGCGUGCUGUGUGCGUGAAGAACCUAACUCCAGAGGAAGUACUCCGAUGCGCAACCAGGCUGAGAAAUUCCCAGGGCCGGAAAGUGUUGAAGCUGAAAACGAGGCACGUGACUCAGCAUCCAAGUGUUCAAGGGACAUGGACGACUGCCUUGAAGAUAUGACGAGUCCUGCUCACUUCAGUAAGCCGUCUUCUCUAUCUGCUUUCCGCGCAACAAUGAGCCCACUGAAAGUGAAUCGCAACUGUUCUGUUUCAUGCUUUGUUUUAUUCAUUGGAAGCUCGAAAGGACCGAAUAUAAUGAAUGCAGAAUAAAUUUUUAAAUGCAAUUCCAUUUCAUUAACAUCGGGUCCAAUGCCAAAUCCGUUUGAAUUGCCAUUCCA